CCCGAACAACCUACCUGGAUACCACAGGUCCACAGCUCGCUCAACCCACCAUGACCGUAGACGAAGAAACCGCAUCUGCAGCUCGCGAACUAUCCUGGCUGCUCUCUACCCUCGACGAAACCAUCGGCGCCCUGCGCUCAGGCCUGCAAGAAUGUCUGCACCUCCUAGCCCCGUCCGGCCCCGGCUCGACACUUCCACUCUCCACCUCCCGCAGCGAAGCACUGAAAGGCUUCAUUACCCGUGUUGGCAGCCGCGUCACCCGCGGUGACAUGCAGGUCAAGAUGGCCGGACUGCCGUAUACCCGCGGGCUACAGGUGUACAAGCUCAGUGUUGCCGCGGACCACACGUUGAUGCUGGAGCAGCUGGUGGAUGUGGGGAACUAUGUUGUUGCGUCGCUGGAGGUGCUACGUAACGGGGAAGAGGACGGGGAGGAGGAGGAGGGAGCGGAUGGGGAUGGCGGCUGGCUGAGGAAGAUGGAUCCCAAGAGUGUUAUGCAGAUGCUGUGUGCGUUGCAUGCGAACAUGAAGGCCGCCCGGACGGCGCUCAAGGGCGCAUCGGCACAUAGACUGUUUCCAUUUCACGCGGUGGAUCCGAAGGUAUUCGAUCCGCCACUCCCCGCCAACGUCGCCUUUGACCUCUACAUCACCGAAGCGGCGAUAAUCGCCGAGCUGCGCACACUCGAAUCCCUCGUCUCACCAGACCCUAACAAGUCCGCUUUCUUUGACAUCUCACCCUUCGGCUUCCGCGAGCGGUUUGCGGCGGCAGUCGGAAUCCACCGCGAUACUGCCCCGGGGGGCCACGGAGGCGCGGAUGCAGCGUCCGAUCAGGUCCUCAGAUACAACGAUACGGAUGUGCGUGUGCGGGAGCUGGUGCGCGUCGAGUCGCAGGACCCGACGCUCAUGGCUGCCUGGGCAAAGCUUGGGGGUCUAGAGCAUGUGCUCGGUACUACUAUCAAGUCGUUGAAACUUGUCAUGACGGCGGCGGGAAUUUAAUGGAUGA